AUGGCCAAGACUUCUUCUCAAUCAUCAGUUAUGCAAUUCAGCCCAGACUUUCAAUUGCUUGGACCAUUUCAGAUCGGCACUCGAGAAGCGACAUGGGGUGCUGACCCAUUGGAGACGACCCAUGGCGGAUUCCGUAGCCUAGAAUACGACGAGCAUGCCCAUUUCCGGACGGCUCUCGCUACCAAUGGAACCACUUCCUGGACACGAGCACCUCUUCAGACAUCUUAUUCGCAAGAGAAUCGUCUUGUUGUCAAGUCCAAGAUCUCAUUUUCAAAUGUUGACUGGCAAGCUCUUCAGAAUGUCUAUGGAUGGGCAGCUCUCCAAUGGCAGGCGUGGGUCCGAGGAGACCUUACUGUAACAUCUGAGGAACUCGUGGUGGCCAACGUCUUUACUCCUCAGGUUCUCGAGUUCUGGAUCGACGACGAGCAUUACUUCGGAGGAGACUUUUAUGCUUUCAACAGAGUCCCAGUGACUGUUCGUCUCUCUCCCGGCCAUCAUCGCAUUGACCUUCGACUCGCGCGCGACGUUCGUGCCCAGGGAGCUGUUUCAAACCCUGACUUCGACUUGGAGUUGAUCUUUGAGCAGCUGAUCGGAGGCCCUCAGGUCUGGAUCAAUGCAGACUCCCCGGUCCUGACAUCGGAUUUUGUCGGACACGGCCCAACGGCGAUCUUGGCAAGUCCAUAUGUUUCCGUCACGAUACACAACAGCCUCGACGAAGACAUUCUCAUCCACAGCGUCGAAUCAUCCCACAGUGACUGUGUUGCGCGACUAGUAUCUGAAGAGCCCAUCCAGAUUGUGAAAGGACAGUCACGUCCGCUAGCCAUUCAUGUCGAAUGUUCAGGCGGCUACAAGGCCUCUAUCCCUUUUUCUGUCAAGUAUCUGAUCGAAAGUCAGGGCAACCACUUGUCAAUCCGAUUCCAUGCUUUACCGAAACUUCGCGACCUUCACGAACCGCACAAGGUGACUUUUAUGCACCCAGGUGCAGUCGUGUCAUACGCGAUUCUUCGGCCGCCUUCACAAGUCGCAAUAACAGCCUCAAAUGGGGACAAAUUACCUGUACUGGUUGCCCUUCACGGCGCUGGAGUGGAAGCGGACAGUGAAGAUGUCAAACACUCCUUGGAUGCUCUGCCUGAUCUGCGGGUCUGGGCCCUUUUCCCAAGCGGCGGUACACCUUGGAGUGGUGACGACUGGCACGCAUGGGGAUCUGCAGACGUGCAGGCAUCGGUUCUGAUGAUUCGGGAUUGGAUCGAAAGAACGAGUUGGACUCGUCCCGGCGUGGACGUCGAUCGUUGGCUGCUGACCGGGCAUUCCAACGGUGGGCAAGGUGCAUGGUACCAUCUCACUCACCAUCCCGACAAGGUCGUCGCUGCUGCGCCUCUCAGCGGAUACACAUCCAUUCAGAACUACGUACCGUAUACAUUUUGGAAAUCUGCUGAUCCUGGUCGAACGGCUGUUGUCCAAACUGCCCUGAAUAGCUACAGAAACGAGCUUCACCUUCCAAAUGUUCAAGGCAUUCCCAUAUUUCAACAGCACGGAAGCAGCGAUGACAACGUCCCUCCGUAUCACUCACGCCUAAUGGGUCAAUUGAUCAAUGAAAUUGGCGCUGAUAGUGUCUAUCAUGAAUUCCCAGGCAGGCCGCAUUGGUGGGAUGGCGUGAUGACGACCGAACCGCUGAAGGCAUUCUUCGAAUACUGGACAGAGCACAGCAACUCCAAGAUCCCAUUCCGACUCAACAGCUUCAGCGUGGUCUGCGCCAACCCAGGAGAUACGAGUGCAAAGUUUGGACUUGAAAUCACACAGCUCCUUGUGCCUGGCCAGCUGGCUCGUAUUGAGGUGACGUUCGACCCUGUUACGAAGACAUGUGUUCUUGAGAUCCGCAACGUCCGUCAAUUCUUCAUGCCCUGCAAAUUUAUCCGCCUCAACCGUGUGAAUCUCGACCUCACCACCCUCCAGCACGAACGCGGCGGAUUCAUCUACAACACGCCCACCUCCUUCCCCGGCGAUGGUCGCCGCCCACGCCCCUUCCCACCCCGCCAACUCACCCAACUCGGCGCCAUGGACGCCAUCCUCCGCACCCAUGGCGCCUUCGCCAUCAUCGCCCACUCCCCACAGCACAGACGAACCCACUCCCUCGCGCUGCAAAUAUCCCAGAACCUCCACCAAUACUUCGCCGCCGACAGCCAGAUCUCCUGCUCGUGGGAUGACACGAUCCCGUCGACAACCGCCAACGCGAUCAGCCUCGCCGUCGGCACGGAUCUCCCCCGCAGCUACGACCCCCUUUUCCCAAUAGAGAUCAGCCCCGACGGCACCGCGAUCCUCAUCCACCACAUCGGCUUCGACGGCCGGCCCACGACAACCACAUAUCUCGACACCACGGGCCACGGACUCGCGGCGAUCUUCCUCCGUCCCUUGCUGCCCAGGCGAUUGGAACUCGUGGUUUGGGGUGUGGAUGAGGAGAGCCUUGCGGUGGCGGCGAGGUUGGUGCCAAUGUUGCCUGGGGUGGGACAGCCGGAUUUCGUGGUAUUGGACAGGAGGAUGUCGGGGUUGGGCGUCGAGGGGGUGAUGGCGAUGGGGUUUUUGGAUACGGCGUGGGAGGUGGCGGCGGGGACUUCGUAUUUCUCGUGAAGGAUCAUCGGGGCUCUUUCUCAUCACGCCAGAUGCGUCUCUUCUUUCUUUUCCUUUUCGCCGGGAUGGUGAAGAGAUUAACGGUAGAGAUCGGGGGGAGGGGGGGGAGGUCGAUGGGAAUUCCU